AACAUCAGUGGUGGAUGAGUGGUCGUAAUCACUGAUGCUGAUAUCCUAUUUCUGCAUUCGGUUCACAGCAGGGAACGGUAACUCCAAUACGGAAGCAGACAGCGAGCUAUGUCGUUUAUUGUUCAGAGACCAUGCAGUGAGGAUGCAUCAUAUGAAACUAUUGAUAUUAUUCCUGUAGAACCAACACCACCUAAAUUGGACACCACUCAAUCAACACCUGUUAGUAAUAGAACAAGUCAGCUGACACAUGAACAAUUUAAAAGUUUUUUAGAUGAAGAUGGGAGAUUAGUAAAUGAAAAUGGUUUACGCAAAGCUAUUUUUCUGGGUGGCGUAGAUCCAAGUAUUAGAAAAGAAGUAUGGCAAUUUCUGUUUGGACUUUAUCCAUAUACAUCAACUAAAAGAGAAAGAGAAGAAUUACUUAUAGACUAUAUGAUUAAAUAUCAUGAAUUAAAAAAUAGAUGGAAAACAAUACUUGUAUUAGAUUCUAGACCUGGAGCUACAUUAUUAGAUCAGGGAUUAUUUGCUAGAUAUCAGAUAGUUGAGAAAUCACAAGUUAAUCCAGAUAAGGAUACAGAAGAUAAUAUGAAACAUAAUCCGUCAGCCGCUGAUAUUGAGGAGACAUCAUCAAAGUUUGCUCCUAGACCAUUAGAUCUAUCUCUCUUAGAUCAAAUUGAUGUAGUAGAAAAGAUUCAUACUCCAGAUAUGGAACAAAAAGUAGAAUUUAUGAAAUUACAAGCACAGGUAUUUGUGCAAAGACAGAAGAUAGAUGUGCAGGAAUUGCGAUCUCAUAUCAGAGUUAUAGAUAAAGAUGUACCUAGAACAGAUAGAGAUGAGAUAUAUUUCAAAGGUUCAGGCAAUCCCCGUUUAACAGAAUUAAGAGAAGUACUUAUUACAUUUUGUGCCUAUAAUACAGAAUUGGGUUAUGCUCAGGGCAUGAAUGAUAUUCUAUCCAGGUUUUUAUACAUUAUGGGAUCAGAAGUAGAAUCAUUCUGGUGUUUUAAAUCAUAUAUGGAGAAAAUCAAAGAUGAUUUUAUGGAGGAGGGCAUGGUUAAAAAAAUUGAUUUAGUUAAAAUGUUACUUGGUGAGAUAGACCCUUAUUUGUUAAAACAUUUUGAGGUCCAUGAAUUAGGAAAUUUAUUUUUCUGUCAUAGGUGGCUCUUAUUGGGAUUUAAAAGAGAAUUUAGUUUUCAAGAUUCUCUGAGAUGUUUUGAAAUUUUAAGUAGUCAUCAUCUAGAACUGUCAUCUAUAGAAGCUGAAACAGCUGUUAGAAGGGAAGAAAUGAAGGAAUUUGCCAGCUCAGGAGGAGAUACAAGGACUAUUCCUUUACAACCCAAAGAAUAUACAUUUGAAGUAUUUAUGUGCGUGGCAUUAUUAAUAGAAUGUAGAGAAGAAUUAUUUAAAUGUAAUGACAUUGGUAUGGUGUUUACUUGUAUCAAUAAUUUAAAAAUGGAUUUAGACAACAUCUUGUGUUUAUCAGAAAGAUUAUUUUUUACUUAUUGUAAGAAGACAGUUGAAGAUAGUUUUCAUAUGGUCGAUGAACAUGGUGGUCAUAAUCAUGAAAAUCUGACAUUUUCACAAAAAUUAAUUGAAAAAUUGAAGAAAAUAUGAAAUUUUUCAUUUAUCAGUUUUGUUAUGCACACCAGCUUCCCACUCCCAGUAUCUGGAAUAUAUAUGUGCCCUGAAAUCGAAACCAUUAAAAUACAUUUUUUGGGGAGAAAUAAUGAUUACAAUAGUUGUAUAGAACUGUAUCUUUAUUCUUUCAUAUGCUGAAAAGGCAAAAUAGGAAUCUAAGUUUAAUUGAGCAUCAAAUAAAAGUUCUGAAUAAAUAGAACAUAAUGGUCGCUUUUAAACUAACUUUUUGCUUAACAAAAUAUUCUGUAUCUCCCAGUGUGCCCGUUCUAAACAUCCUUGUCUUGUCACCAGAUCGUGGACUCAAUAGGGAGAAACCUAUUGUAACACAUCACACGACAUUGGGAACCUAGCAUUAUAUAGAUUGCUGGGUACAUCCUAUUAAAAUGCAUAAAUAUGCAAAACAAAUCUAACAAUGGGCUAUAAAAGUGGCAAGAAAUUGCAUUGGUUGGUCAAUGUCCUGGACAUUGUGUUUUUAUUCUGAAAUAAAACAGGGUAUUUUUAUUGUUUAUUCAGUGGGCACAUUAUCAUUGUUAUGUUGUCUUCCACCAAUAAUUUAUUAUUCAUAAAUCAUCACUAUUUAACAAAUUUUUAUAUACUUAAAUCCUAAUAAAUCAUCACAGUAUUUUGUUACAUGUAACAAAUUUUAUAUACUUAAAUCAUCCAUCCUCAUUUGCAAUGUACUGUGAUAUAAUCUCCAUGAUUGUAAUAAUAAUAUGUAGAAACUGAUAGUUCAUAAAGCUGAAUGUUGGCUAUAGUAAAGAUUAAGCAGCCAUGCUAUUAAUAGAAAAAUUUGCCAAUUCAAGAUGUUGAAAGUUGUAGUUCAUAAAGCUGAAUGUGGGCUAUAGUAAAGAGUUAGCAGCUAUGCUUAUCAUGUUAAUUUGUGCAAGUCAGAUACCCUAACUUUUUUUUUUCAUUAUGUUUGCAAUUUUUUGAAUGAUCAUUAAAAAAAGCCUUCUCUAAGUUGUGUAAAAAAGUAAAAAAAAAAAGAACUUUAUGUUGUUUUUGUAAUGAAUAUUGUAUGUGUACAUAAAGAUCUAUAAUAGUGGAUUAAACAAAAAUGAAAUGAAAUGAGGUUUAACACUCUACUGUUCUGCUACUACUGGGCUAAUGCAGACAGGCAUAUGCCAUGUAGUGUACUAUGAGAAAAAUAUUGCCCGGACAGUGGCACUACAUGGUAUACUCUUAUUUCAAAUUAAAACUGUCAAGGGUUCUUUUACGUGCACGCCAAUGUGUACACAGGACGUUGGUUUUUUCGUCCCAUCCGAACUAUACAUUGUCCCUUGCCAGGCCUUCCAUCCUUCACACUAAAAAGGGGGAACCACGUCGGAAAAUCCUGAUGAACUUUCUCGGCCAAUGCAGGCAUCGAACACAGGACCUCCACGUUAGCGAGCCAAGGUUCUUCUCACUGAGCUACCAUGACUCCGUGGAUUAAACAAAUUUAGAUAAAUAUUAAUACCUAUCAAGUCUAAUCUGAAACAUAUAAAAUUAUAGUAAGAACUAGUCGAAGAAUAUCGAGUCAGUCUGAUAUUAUUUUUAAAGUCUAAACAAAGUAUAAUUUAAUUAAAAUAAGAUAUUAUAAAAAAUUAUGUUUGUAUGCAUGUUAAUUUAUUUCAAUUUGGACACAGAUGUGCAAAUGUUUAUAAAAAAAUCUAAAAGUUUAAAACAUAAAUCUUAACACAUACCAAGUGGGGUGCCAAUAUAUUUUAGUUUCUUUUGCUUUUUGAUUAAAUGUAAUGUAAUUGAGCUAUAAUUGACUACAAGAUAAAUUUUCUAUUUUAUCAAAGCAUUUCAAUAUUAUGUGCUUCAUUUAUUAAGCGGUUACAUUUGAUUGAAAUCCUUUUCUCGUAGCUGUUUGAAAGUAUAACAAUUGCAGAUGUUAGAGAGUAGGCUGCUAUAUGUUGUCCAAAAAAUCAUUUUUAUACUCCUGCAUUGAAAUAUGGUCGUAUAUUGCUGCCGCCCACGUCCGUCUAUUGGGAAAAUCUUGUGCAUGCACUAAAGGUUAAAGUGAAUAUCUGCUUGACUUUAAAUUUAUACAGUGUUUAAGGUUAUGAGACGAAACCUAUUGCUUUCAACGAUUUCCGAUUAUUACUGCCAGAGAUAUGGUCCUUGAUCACUUGAGAAAUCUUGUUACGCGCUAGAGGUUAACGUUAACAUAGAUUUAUACACAGUGUUUAAGGUUUUGAGACAAACAAUCAAAACAAUGUCUAAUGGUUUUUGAUGAUACUUAAUGGGUUGUUACUUGUAAUCAGAUUUUAGUGUGUUGUUAAUGUUUUCAUCACUGACAAAGUAAAAAUAUGUGAUAACCCUUGUUGACUGCCCAGAAGACUUUGCUGCUGAGGGUGUAUGUUUCAUUGCCUGGCAACCUAUCUUGCAGUUGUUUGAAGACCAAGUCAUAACAACUGUAACUCCAUUUUAAUACAUAAUUAAUCUGUGAUAAACACUGGUACAUGAAAAUUAAUGAAAUGUAAAAUUUGCUAAGAAAAGCAUAUUAUUUAAAUCAUGAAAAGUGAAUGGGUAUUUAUACUCAAGGUUUAUAUUUUAUAUGGCAAGUAAUAAAUGUGUUAAAUAAAGUGUCUAUUUUAUUAUC